ACCAUGAAUGACAGGUACCACAAGGCGGCCCGGGAUGGCUACCUGGACCUGCUCAAAGAAGCCACAAGGAAGGACCUCAACGCGCCUGAUGAAGAUGGCAUGACACCGACGCUAUGGGCUGCUUAUUAUGGGAACCUGGAGGCCCUGCGGCUGAUCGUGGCGAGGGGAGGAAAUCCAGACAAGUGUGACAUAUGGGGGAACACACCGCUCCACCUCGCAGCAGCCAAUGGACAUCUAAACUGCCUGUUCUUCCUGGUGUCUUUCGGUGCCAACAUCUGGUGCCUGGACAAUGAUUACCACACGCCGCUGGACAUGGCCGCCACAAAGAACCACAUGGACUGCGUCAGAUACCUGGAUUCUAUAGCAGCCAAGCAGACAGGCCUCAACCCUAAGCUGGUCAGUAAGCUGAAGGACCGGGCUUUCCGUGAGGCUGAGCGAAGGAUCAAGGAAUGUAUGAAAAUGCAGAAGAAGCACCAGAAGAGAAUGGAGAAGAAGUUUCACAAAGAAUCUUCAGAAGUGUCAGCUUCAGAUGCCAUGAGUUUCUCCAGUUAUACAGGCAGCUCUGUCAGCCAUAAACUGCGAAACUUCAACCCAGGAACUGUCAGUGUGCCAUAUUCUCAAGCCACUCUCCAUGCCACUAAUCGAGGCAAGACAAAGAUCCAGAAGAAGUUGGAGAAGAGGAAACAAGGAGAUGGCACCUUUAAAAUUUAUGAGGAUGGGCGGAAGAGUGUGCGCUCGCUGUCUGGACUUCAGCUGGGCAACGAUGUGAUGUUUGUCAAACAGGGGACCUAUGUGAACCCCAAAGACCGCGGGCGACGUAAUGUUCGCGACAUGUUCCCCAGAGACAAUGAAGAUGCUAUCUCACGUGCCAUGAGCGAGCCAGACCUCCACGGACCAGAUGUGGACUACUCCGAGAUCAGUACUGAUUCAGGGCAUGACUCCCUUUUUAACAGGCCAGGGCUGGGCACUAUGGUUUUUAGGAGGAACUAUGUGAGUGGGGGCAUGUUUGACCUUGGACGGAGGGAUGACAUUAGCGUGGCACAGUCUAGUAAUACGGUUCGACUGCGUAGUAGACUCCAGGCUUAUACCAGUAUGGAUGAAGACAGUAUCGGCAGCGCCCGGAGCCUGCAAGAAAGGAACAUAGAGGAGCUGCCGUGGGACGAGGUGGAACUAGGACUGGAUGAUGACGAUGAGCCUGACUCCAGUCCUUUGGAGGUGUUUUUGGCUACACAGAGCAUGAGCGAGUUCUUCUCCAUCUUCAAACGGGAGAAGAUUGAUCUGGAAGCAUUGCUGCUGUGCUCAGACAAUGACCUCAAGAGUAUUCACAUACCUCUAGGGCCUCGGAAGAAGAUAUUAGAUGCCUGUAAAAGACGACUAGAGACAAUAGAAGAUCCAGACGUUAUCGAGGAUACUGAACUGUAAGUACUGACAGUCCCAUGUGAAACCUAGUAAUUCUAUUUUACCGACAAGACGCAUUCAGA